GGGGACAAACUGUCUUCUACCAGCAGUGUGUCUGUCUCUAAACAGCUCGUCAGGAGGGACGCAGCGCGCGGGAUGUUGGUGCUGAUGCUGCGCGCUCACGAGCUGGCGUCUGAAGACCAAUCAGAGCGCGUAUCAGACUUCACCAUCCCGCGUGUCUCACAAUCCCUGUCUCUCUGACACUCUUCCCUUGCCUCAGACAGGAAGAUGGUACCGUGCACAGAUGGCCCUGCACGCGGACCCGAGGCGUCACUGAUUGACUCGCUGCGGGACUUUUGACUUUUUUACCAUGUCGUAUUACGUUAGGUUUCUGCUUUUACUUCUGUGCUUGAUCCUGAUCGGGGAGUGCAGGAAACACAAAAGCAGAAAAAAGCGGUGGUCCACACCGGCGGAGACCCACAAGCCAGGCACUCCUCUGUCGAAGAAAGUUGUGGAUGGAACCAAAACUCGGAAACUGAAGACCAGCCACCUUCUGCGCAUAGACGAGCAUGACUUCACCAUGAGGCCCGCCUUCGCAGGUCCAGCUGUGCCUGUUGGAGUGGACGUUCAGGUCGAGAGCCUGGACAGCAUAUCAGAAGUAGACAUGGACUUUACUAUGACCCUGUAUCUGAGACACUACUGGAAGGACGAGAGACUGGCCUUCCCAAGCUCCACUAACAAGAGUAUGACCUUCGACGGGCGCCUGGUGAAAAAAAUCUGGGUGCCCGAUGUGUUCUUUGUGCACUCUAAGAGGUCUUUCAUUCAUGACACCACUACUGACAACAUCAUGCUGCGAGUCUUCCCCGACGGUCACGUCCUGUACAGCCUGAGGGUUACAGUCACUGCUGCAUGCAACAUGGAUUUCAGUCGUUUCCCUUUGGACUCACAGACAUGCACGCUGGAGCUGGAGAGCUAUGCUUACACAGAUGAAGACCUGAUGCUGUACUGGAAGAGCGGUGAUGAGUCCCUCAGCACUGAUGACAGGAUUUCUCUGUCUCAGUUCCUCAUCCAGAAGUUUCAUACUACCUCCAGACUGGCUUUCUACAGCAGCACAGGCUGGUACAACCGUCUGUAUAUCAACUUCACCCUGCGGCGUCACAUCUUCUUUUUCCUGCUGCAGACCUACUUCCCCGCCACGCUGAUGGUCAUGCUGUCCUGGGUGUCCUUCUGGAUCGACCGCAGGGCCGUCCCCGCCAGAGUCUCAUUAGGUAUAACUACGGUGCUCACCAUGUCCACCAUCAUCACUGGAGUCAAUGCCUCCAUGCCCAGGGUGUCAUACAUCAAAGCUGUGGACAUUUACCUCUGGGUCAGUUUCGUCUUUGUCUUUCUGUCUGUGCUUGAAUACGCUGCUGUCAACUACCUGACGACAGUGAGGGAUGGGAAAGACCGCAAGCUCAGAGAAAAGGUCCGCGAGCAGUCUCAGGCACUCCCCUGCACGUGUGGCAUGUCCCAUGCCAGGACCAUGAUGCUGGACGGUACGUACAGUGAGGCAGAUGCCAAUAGCCUGGCAGGGUACACCAGGGCUUCCAUGGCAGCUGAGGAUACAUCGGAAAAACAAGAGCGAAUGGUGGUGCAUCUCUCCCUGGACAACGAGCCCACAGGGACCAAGAAAAAGGGCAUCCGUGGCUUCCGAAUCAUCCAGAACACCCAUGCUAUCGACACUUACUCUCGUAUGAUCUUCCCUGGAGCCUAUAUCUUGUUUAACCUGAUCUACUGGUGCGUGUACUGCUGAGCAUAUGUGCAUUUUAGCCUAAACUGUAGCAGUGAAAGGAAAACUGCAAAACCUUUGACCUUAGAAAUGAAAUUGAGUUGUUUUAAUUCAGCAUGUUCAGGUGGAACAAUGAUUUUGGCAGGAUGACAGUCAGAGACUUCUUGGUAUGAAGUCUGGCUCACAUGACACCACUGGACUGGGUCACUGAUAGAGCUCCUUUUUCUUAAAAUAAUCAUAUCUCAAGCUCAUCUGCAACCCAAUUAACAACACUGUGGAGCUGGUUGCUGGUUGGUUAGACAGUUCAGCCAAUUGUACAAAAACAGAUUCAUUUUAAGCCUGAAAGUUAGCUACCAUACCCCAAAGCUAUGGCAGUGGUUUCACUGUUGACUCUGCAACUCUGCCUGCAGCCCCAAAACAGAGGUGACUGCAUACCAGACAUCAUCAUUUUUUUUUAAAGCUUUUGUAGCCAUCCUUUUGUUUGUUUGCAUUUUUUUAAAUAUAUUUUUUGUGUUAAUUGAAUAUUAACACCAUUUUUCCUCUUCUACACUCAUCAGUGAAUUUUUAAGUAAA